CGGGAAUCGAACCCGGGCCGCGGCGGUGAGAGCGCCGAAUCCUAACCACUAGACCACCAGGGAAGAUAACGUUUCAUCGUCUGUGACUUUACUGGAGGCUGUCUAUGCCGAUGUUGUCAUUUCUCCUCGCUAGGGGGAUUCUGUUGACGUUGAUUGGAUGAAGGGCGGGCCUCAGCCACAGGCAGCGCAUGUCUAUUGGACGGCUCCGAUGAUUGACGUUUACCGACUUUUUUUUGGGCGGUGUGACACAGGACGACGCUAUAUAUAACCCGCGUGGCGCCCCCUCACACUCUAAUAUUAUCUCUCGACUCCGUGUUGUGGUAGUGCUUUGUGCCGGGUUACUUUCUCAAAUGGGCCCUAUUGCCUAGCGUUUACUUUCUUCAGUCAUUACACUUGGAGUCCUGUUUGGUGUCGAAGGGUAACCACCAGAUACUAGUCUGAAAGAUUGCAAUGGCAUCCAUUCCGUCAACUGGCUCCCUUACAGCUACGCAUGACUAUUACAGGAGGCGCCUUGGUUCUGCUUCCAGCAAUAGUUCCUGUGGUAGCUCGGAGCACAUGGGAGAAGUGAUUCCACACCAUCCAGGAUUACCAAAGUCUACAGCGGGCCAGUGGUGGAUCAGUUUUUUCUUUGGAAGAACUCAGAACCAUCCAGUAAUGACAACACUGUCUGAAUCCUCUGAGAGUGGCAAGAUAAACUGUAUACUGCCUCAAGAAAUGGCGAGGAAACGACAUGCCAGUGAGCCCAGCAAACCUUCAUCUUAAUCUGAUUUCAACUUUUGAAGAAGACGCUAGGAAUUUCAGGCGUUCCAAAAUGUUAAAUUUUUUAAAAUGACGGCUGCUUUAAGUUUCUAACUAUAUUUUUAAUAAAUACCAGUCCUCAUUUUUCUAUAUCAGUGAGGAUUGUUGGCUUACUCGAACAUCUAAUAAUAAAAAAAAAACUUUAGCAGCCCAUCUGUCUAGCUUUCCAUUUACUUUUUUUUCUUUUGCUGGAUGCUCUCGGCUAAUUAUCAUCUAAUCAUAGACGUGCUGUUACCAGGUCAGUAGGUUUCUCAACAAUUUAGAAACUCCUAAAAUCUCAGCUACUAAGCAAUGGUACGAAUUAAUUAUUCAACUUCAAUUUCCUUUUUGUUUUUAAAGAAUAUGAUGUAAAAACACGUGCCUGUCAUUGGGAUGUUGAACAAGUAUGCUGACACUGCUAAUGCAGUGAAGGGGAUAGAGCAAGAUAAUGGUAAUAUUAUCAUUAGCAUACACAUGGGAGAUGGCUCCAUUCCUUAGUUAAGGAUUGAGAAAUUAAGUGCCUAUUUAGUACAACCCCUGAUUGCUUAGCAUAAAUGAAGUCUAAAGAGCUUUGAAUAUUUGAUUUCUGACCCACAGUGCUGUAGGAGAAGCUUGAAGCUGAGUGGUACAAGAAAUGGCUGGUUGUCCACCAUAAAUGAAAACUUAAUGCACCCUGAACCUAAUCAACAUGGUCAGUCCUGGCUGUGAUUAAGGUUCUUUUGAUGCUCUAGCUAGUGAAAGAUGUGGAGUUAGAAUAGGUGAUAUCUGAUAAGGCUUAGCCUGAUAGACAAGGAACAAUGAGCCAGUUGACCCAAUGGUAUUAAGUUGCAUGACAAGAGUCUGCAAAAUAGUAACAUGACAUUCCUAUCAUGACAAAACAAGUAAAAUAAAAUUAUUAACUGA